AUGCUGAUCAAGGAGUCUCACGUUGAUGUUCCUGUCGGUGCCAAUGGCACUAUGCGUAUCUUUGUCUUUCAUCCUACUAUUCCUGGAUACCCCAAUGCACGAUUCCCUGGAGUGAGUCUCUUCAGUGAGAUCUACCAAGUCACCGGACCUGUGGCUCGCUUCGCCCGUCAAAUCGCUGGACAGGGCUAUAUCGUUGCUGCCCCGUCAUCAUACCACGACUUCACAGGUCCUGAGGCGCUCAAGUAUGACGCCGAGGACACUGACCGCGGCAACAAGUACAAGAUCGAAAAGACUCUUGAGUCUUACGAUGCCGACUCUUAUGCCACCGUAGACUAUCUCCUCUCACUUCCCACUUGCACAGGACGCAUUGGUUCUACAGGCAUGUGCCUCGGUGGUCACCUUGCCGUCCGCGCUGCUCUUGAUCCUCGCAUCUCUGCUUGCGUCGGUUACUUCGCUACCGAUAUCCACUCCCGCACUCUGGGUCCUUACGAUGCCCCAAACACUUCUUCCACUGCUCCUCCUAACAGCAACCACACAUUGGAUCUGUUCCAUAAGUUCAAGGGCGAAGUUGCCAUGAUUUUCGGAGUCAAGGAUACACACGUCCCUGACGCUGGCCGGGACCUCAUUCGUGCCAAGCUCCGCGAAGCUGGUGUUGUCACGAGUUUCUACGAGUUUGCCUGGGCUCAACACGCCUUUAUUCGUGACGAACUCAGCAAGGGUCGCUACGAUCCUGCGAUUACCAAGGUCUGCUUUGAGGUCCUGCUUGAACUCUUUGGUCGUGUUUUGAAGACCGAUUUGGGAGCCAAGGAUGGCGAUGUGCCACCACCUGAGCAUGUAUGUUAA